AUGACUCGUGGCCAGAUGUUUGUCAUCGGGGGCGUCACCCUGCCGUCAGGCCGGAGCGAGACCCUCGGAGGCCCUUCCGCGACCCCCAGAGCUCAGCGGGUUUGCAAGUGUAACAUUAGUCCAGGUGAAUACAACGACUUGCGCCUGGGGGGGGGGAGGCUCCCCCACACUUUCCGGGUGCAGUUCUAUGGCAGCUGGAACAACCAAGCGUCAGCCCUCCACCAGGGGUGCCGAGGAGCGGGGCUGAGGCGCGGCGCCUUGCCCUCCAUCCGAGGGCGUGUCCCGGCCCGGCCCCCCGGCCCCAGCCCCGCCCCCGAGGUGGUAGCGCCGGCCCGGAGGGGGCUCGGGCGGCUCCUGGCUCCCCGGCUCGGGCGGAGGUGGCGGCGCCCCGCCCCGCCCCUGCUCCCGCUCCGCCCGCUCCUGCCCGGGCCCCCGGCCCGGCUCCGGCCCGGCCCGGCCCGGCUCGGGCAGCUCCGGGCGCGGCGGUUCCAGCGCGUGCAGACCCAGACCCGGAGCCCGAGCCCGAGCCGGGAGCCCAGACGCCGAGCCGGGCCGGAGGCCGGGCCGGGCCGAGCCGGGACCGGGCGGGGGCGGCGGCGGCGGCGGGGGCCGCAAGCCAGGGCGGCCCCCGCGCGGCACCCCGGGGCGCAGGUGAGCCGCGCGUUUCCCGCCCCCCGCCGCCGCCGCAUCCCCCGGGGCGGCCCCCGGCGGCCCCCGGGCCGGGCGGGCCGCGCGCUCUGGCCGCUGGUGGCCGGCGCGGCGGGCGGCGGCGCUGGAGCUGGGGCCGGACGAGGCGGGAGCGCGAGCGGGCCGGGCUGGGCGCGCUGCCAGGCCGUGGCCAUCCCCAUGUGCCGCGGCAUCGGCUACAACCUGACCCGCAUGCCCAACCUGCUGGGCCACGAGACGCAGGCCGAGGCGGCGGCCAAGCUGCACGAGUUCGCGCCGCUCGUGGAGUACGGCUGCCACGCGCACCUGCGCUUCUUCCUGUGCUCGCUCUACGCGCCCAUGUGCACCGACCAGGUGUCCGCGCCCAUCCCCGCCUGCCGGCCCAUGUGCGAACAAGCCCGCCGCCGCUGCGCGCCCGUCAUGGAGCAGUUCAGCUUCCCGUGGCCCGACGCCCUGGACUGCGCGCGCCUGCCCACGCCCAACGACCCCCACGCGCUCUGCAUGGAGGCGCCCGGGAACGCCACGGCCGGGCCCGCCGCCGCCUGGGGCCGCCGCGGCGGCCACGCCGGCCACCAGGGCCUGGGCAUGCUGCCCGUGGCGCCGCGCCCUCCCCGGCCCGCGCCGGGCCCCGCGCCCGGCGCCCCCUCCUGCGAGAACCCCGACAAGUUCCAGAUCGUGCAGAGUGCGCGCGCUCUGCUGCGCGCUCGGGUCGAGGUCUUCUGGUCGGGGCGCGACAAGGACUUCGCCCUGGUGUGGAUGGCCGUGUGGUCGGCGCUGUGCUUCUUCUCCACGGCCUUCACCGUGCUCACCUUCCUGCUGGACCCGCACCGCUUCCAGUACCCCGAGCGGCCCAUCAUCUUCCUGUCCAUGUGCUGCAUCACUGCUGGCCUUCUGAUCCGGCCGUGGCGGCGCGGCGUGGCCUGCGACCCGAGGCGGGCCUCAGUGAUCCAGGAGGGCCUGGAGAACACGGGCUGCACGCUGGUCUUCCUGCUGCUCUACUACUUCGGCAUGGCCAGCUCCCUCUGGUGGGUGGUGCUCACCCUCACCUGGUUCCUGGCGGCCGGGAAGAAGUGGGGCCACGAGGCCAUCGAGGCGCACGGGGGCUACUUCCACAUGGCGGCCUGGGGGCUGCCCGCGCUCAAGACCAUCGUCAUCCUCACGCUGCGCAAGGUGGCGGGCGACGAGCUGACGGGGCUGUGCUAUGUGGGCAGCGCCGACGCCAGCGCCCUCACGGGCUUCGUGCUGGUGCCCCUGUCCUGCUACCUGGUGCUGGGGACCAGCUUCCUGCUCACGGGCUUCGUGGCCCUCUUCCACAUCCGCAAGAUCAUGAAGACCGGGGGCACCAACACGGAGAAGCUGGAGAAGCUCAUGGUGAAGAUCGGCGUCUUCUCCAUCCUCUACACCGUGCCCGCCACCUGCGUCAUCGUCUGCUACGUCUACGAGAGGCUGAACAUGGACUUCUGGCGCCUGCGGGCCACGGAGCAGCCCUGCGCCGCCGCCGCGCUCCCCGGGGGGCGCCGGGACUGCUCCCUGCGCGGCGGCUCCGUGCCCACCGUGGCCGUCUUCAUGCUGAAGAUCUUCAUGUCCCUCGUGGUGGGCAUCACCAGCGGCGUCUGGGUCUGGAGCUCCAAGACCUUCCAGACGUGGCAGAGCCUGUGCCACCGGAAACUGGCGGGGGGCCGGGCCAGGGGCAAGGGCUGCGGGGGGCCGGCGGGCUGCGGGCGCGGGCCGCACUGCCACUACAAGGCCCCGGCCGUGGUCCUCCACAUGACCAAGGCGGACCCGUACCUGGAGAACCCCACGCACCUCUAGAGGCGGGGCCCGCCCCCCCUCCCCCGCCGGCGGCCUCCCAGGCCCUCCCCGGCGCACUCGCCGCCUGCCUUCUGGGACAGCUGAAGGGGGCAGGCAGCUGUCGCGGCCGGCGGAGCCCGGGCCUGGGGGACGGAGGGAGGCCGCCGGGAGGGAGGCGCCCCAAAUGGAGGGGACACAGGCGCCCGCGUCCCCAGGCUCCGGAAGCACCCGGGGAUGGAGGGGAGGGCCCAAGGCCGCGAGCCGGGCAGAAGUUUAUUUAAUGAUGUAAUUUAUUGUGAAGUUCCUUUGGAAGCAUGGACUGGAAUAAAGCCCCCUCGCCCCCACCCUGCGUGCCCCGCUUGC